AGUCAUCAUGGAGACCAAGAGCUCCACAUCUUCAUCCCGUUCACCUCACAGCUUUUAACAUCGAUCCUCCAUCCAUCAGUCAAUCGAUCAAUAACAGCCUCUUGAUGCAUGCUCAGUCAUCCAGAUGUUUGACUUUGCUGCGGACUGAUCUGCCGUCGGACAUGGAGGAGGUGAGCGAGGUUCUCUAUCAGCAGGAUCGACUGCAGCUCAUUGUGGAGAAAAGGAAGUGGCAGACGGAGAUCGAGAACAAGAAGCGUCAGUUGGAGGACGACAGGAGGGCGCUACAGCACCUGAAGUCAAAGGCUCUGAGGGACCGCUGGCUGCUGGAGGGAGCAUCUGCUGGACCCGAGCAGAACGAGGUCCGUAGACAGCUGGAGCAGGACGAGGCCCGGACCCGGAGCCUGGAGGAGACCAUCGACAGGCUGCAGCAGGAACUUGUCGGCCUUGAGACUGGAUCUGUCUGUCAGACCAUAACUAACAUUAAGGUGUCAUCAAGACCAGCUUCAGCUGUAGAGGUCAAAGAUCGCGAAAGGCAUCACCAGGACAUGACUCCACUGGCAACUCAGGUGAUCCAAGCCCCUGCAGAGGUCAAAGUCAACAAAAGUCCUCGAUUGAACAAACCCAGAGAGGCGACCGAGGAGAUGAAGAAAGCGAUGUACUCGGUGGAGAUUAAAGUAGAGCGGGACAGAGUGACGGGGGAAACCAGGGUUCUGUCCAGUAACACCAAACUUCCUGUUGACCUCUCUGACCAAGGGGUCAAAGUUUACGAAGAUGAGCAGAAAGUGGUCCAUGAGCUGAAUGGUGAGGAUGUCCACCUGCUCAGCUCCUCUGAGGUUGAAGAGCUCAUCCACAAAGCUGAUGAGGCGUCGAUGAUGUCACAGACUGUCACCACUGUGACAUCCCUCCCGACAGCAGAGGUUCGGGAGGAGUUGGGGCUGAUGCGGUCCAAGUCGCCGCUACCUCAGGUUCCAGUGGAGAUCACAGGGCUAGAGGCCAAAGUGGGUGGUGAGCCGAGCGUGGCUGAGGCGAGCACUGAGAACCCGGUUACCAUGGUGUUCAUGGGAUACCAGAGCGUAGAGGAUGAAGACGAGACCAAGAAGGUGCUGGGGCUGCAGGGCACGGUGAAGGCCGAGCUGGUGCACAUUGAUGACCCAAACGGGAAGACAUCAGGGGGAGAAAAGGAGGCGGAUCCACCUCUGCCCACCUCCAAGACCCCUCCAACCUCCACUAAACCUCCAAUGGCGAUACCAGUGGCAAGCAAUGGGGAGACGGCAGGGAAGGAGAAGGAGAAGAAGCCGUGUAAGUGCUGUAGCAUCAUGUGACCUGGUGACCUGUGUGUGUGGGGGGGGUGCCGCCUUGAAACGUAGCACGCAAAUACAAAAAUAAAAAGGACUGAAAACUCCUCCCAUUGCUCACAGCCCCCCCAACAUCACUUCCUGUUUCUUCCUUCAGGUGUAUAAAGCCUCUCUUUACUUUUUCUAUUUUCUUGAAGCCUUUUUACUUUUUUACUCUGCACGUCUGUACUUACAUGUCUCAGUGUUAGCAUAGCCUCAGUGUUAGCCUCCGCCUUCGCUGUGCCAAGAUGUUUGUAGCUCCUCCCCCCCCCCUUUCUGUGAAUGUAUUAUUAUAUUUAUUAGAAGCUGUCUGAGUUUUUAAAAGAAGAAAUAAAAUGAGCAGAAACUAGUCUGCUUUUGUGCCGCAGCCUAAAUUCUUCACCUCCACUUUCUAUAUGGACCAACAAG